UCUUGGGAACAGUUUUCACAUGUUAAAAAACGCUGACAACAAAAGUCAAAAGAAACGUUUUCAAACCUGUUGCUUUCAAAGCAAUUAAGAACGAUACCUGUGCCAUGCUGCCACACCGGUUAUGAAAAACUGAGGCCGUUUAUAUAGAGGCCUAUAUUACCGUACCGUUUAUAUCAGUGGUGUUAGUAACGGAAAAACCGAGAUAACGAACAAAGAUUUUCGUAUCUUUCGUGGGCGAUUAUUAUUUCAUUCAGUCAAUCGUGGGACUGGAGAGUAGAAAUGGGGGAAGAAAUGGUGUUCCUCAACGACAAUGAAAUCCGUUUCUGCCGAAAGGAUAUCAUAGGUAGAGGUGGUAAUGGAGUGGUUUUCCGUGGCAGUUUUUCAGGGCAAAAUGUGGCUGUGAAGCGGAUUCAACUGAUUGACGCCAACUACGAAUUAAAUUCGAGAGAGUUGCUCAAUUUGCGCCAACUCAAGCAUGACAAUAUUGUCGAGUUUAUCCAUGUCGAGGAUAACGACGAUUUCAGAUUUAUUGUUUUCGAGCUCUGUUAUGCAAAUCUCCGCGAAUACUGCAAACCUGUUUACACAGGUCAAGUGCUGUCCGAUGAGUCAGAUCAGUUAAAGGUCCUGUUACAACUUACCCAAGCUCUCGAGUAUAUUCAUUCAAAGGACAUCAUCCAUCGUGACAUCAAGCCAGAAAAUAUUUUGGUUUCCAACAAGGAUUCUGUCAAGAUGAAAUGGGCUGAUUUUGGACACAGCAAACUGACCAACGAGCGCGGCUCUACCUCCAUGAGCGGGCGCCGUGGAACGAAAGCUUGGUUGGCAAAGGAGAUCAUUCCAUUCUUUAACAGGGAUGAAUUAGGAGGGCGGUGUUCUAAAAACAGCGAUAUUUUUGCGGCUGGAUGCGUGUUUUUCUACUUUUUAACCAGAGGAAUCCAUCCUUAUGGUGAAGAAAAUCGGUUAAUCGAGCAAAAUAUUUUAAGUGAAAACAUAGUAAAUAAAAAUGGUAAAAUUGAACGACGGUCAUGCUGCCAAAAAACCUGUCAUUCAAAUGAUGGAAGAACGAUUGGAUUUGGCGAAAGUUAUCGAAUGUCUCAAUGCAUCUCUUUCUUAGAUGAAUUUCGACCGCUGAGGGUAAUCUAAUCAUUGUGUUAUCAUCAUUAUUAUCCCAUAACAUCCACCAUCUAGUGCACAAUUGACUUCCCGGUGAAGGCAACCACUGUAAAAUGAAUGUGGUAAUUACACAUUUAUUGUGUGUAACCUAAGGGUGAAUACUGAAUACAGCAUACUAAUACAGAGUA